GGGGCCCUCUCGCUUUUCAUCAACUCCCCAGCACCACGAACCUGUCGAAACUUGCACUCUGUCGCAAUCGUUAACACCACCAUUUUCUGACAAAAUGGCGGAAGGCAACGACAAGAGCUCAAAUCCCAUGCGCGAUCUGCGCAUUGACAAGCUGGUGCUGAACAUUUCGGUCGGCGAGUCCGGUGAUCGUCUCACCCGUGCUGCGAAGGUGUUGGAACAACUGUCGGGUCAAACUCCUGUCUACAGCAAAGCCCGUUACACCGUCCGGUCUUUCGGUAUCCGUCGUAACGAAAAGAUCGCCGUCCACGUCACCGUCCGUGGGCCCAAAGCCGAAGAAAUCCUCGAACGCGGCCUGAAAGUCAAGGAAUACGAGUUGAGGAAGAAGAACUUCAGCGAGACCGGAAACUUCGGAUUCGGCAUCUCCGAGCACAUCGAUCUGGGAAUCAAGUAUGAUCCGGCGAUUGGGAUUUACGGAAUGGAUUUCUACUGCUGCAUGGGCAGACCCGGCGCGAGAGUUGCCAGGAGAAGACGUUGCAAGAGCAAGGUGGGACGCAGCCACCAGGUUUCCAAAGAUGAUUCGAUCAAGUGGUUCAAGACGAGAUUCGAGGGUAUUGUGCGGUAGAUGGUAAAUGGAGGAACUCGAUGUUGGGCGCCGACGGAGCAAUGAAAAGUUAGUCAACCCGGGCGGAGGUGUGCUUUCGACAACAAGGCAAGACGUGCCUGAGUCGUCGUCGUCGGCAGUCAUCCCACAGGAGAGCAGACCGUCGAGAUUGGCUGUCAACAUCGUCCAGUCUGGAGCAUCCUACCCGCCCCGGAUGUUGAAUCAACAGAUUCAGACAGAUCAGGUCAACAUCAAAGACAAACCCCCGAACACCUUUCCAUGAGAGGGCCUCGUUGACCACCCUUCAUAGCAUUACUGAAAUGGGAAGAAAAGUCUAUGAAUGUCCUCUGAGCUUUUCCGUCGCCCCUGGACCUUAACAGCCUUCCCGCUCUCUCUGUUGACCCUGAAUCAUGCCUAUCGCAGGCUGGUGCUCUUGGGCGGACGAUGCUGUUUCCUUCUACAAACUCGUUGCCCUUGUCCACUUAGCGUGACAUAUGAUCAUUGAGGAAUAGUCCAGCCUGAUAUCAUACACGACAAGAGAAGUAGGCUUAAUGAGAGUCUUAAGACAAAAGGAAAAACGAGGAUUUAGCACUAAAUCGAACCGGAAGAUGUGGCAUUGCUUCAGUAUGAGAACACCUAUGUUCAAAUUGAAGAGGAUCGCUAGAUUGAUUGCUACCCUCAAGACUUCCCACGUCGAAUAGACGGAAGAUACCCCGGCGCCGUGCUUCCAUGCAUUGCGGUACAUGUUCCGAAAUAAGACAUCCCAUCAUAAA